AUGGCUACAAUGGCGAAACCCCGUGCCGAAAUGACACAAGAGGAACUAGCAGCGAAAGAGCAGGAAGAGUUCAAUGUCGGACCUCUGUCCAUUCUCAACAACUCUGUAAAAAAUAAUGCUCAGGUCCUCAUCAAUUGCAGAAACAACAAGAAACUUCUCGGCAGAGUUAAGGCUUUUGACAGGCAUUGCAAUAUGGUUCUCGAAAACGUAAAAGAAAUGUGGACGGAGCAACCUAAAACAGGAAAAGGGAAGAAAAAGGAAGUCGUUCGUCAAUACAAAAGAAAAUUUGCGAGCAUCAUGGCUACAAUGGCGAAACCCCGUGCCGAAAUGACACAAGAGGAACUAGCAGCGAAAGAGCAGGAAGAGUUCAAUGUCGGACCUCUGUCUAUUCUCAACAACUCUGUAAAAAAUAAUGCUCAGGCAAAGGCGGUUCCAAAGGAUCGUUUCAUCUCAAAGAUGUUCCUCCGUGGUGACUCGGUGAUCCUUGUUUUGAAAAAUCCACUUGCACCAGCUGAGUAA